AUGUCAAAUAAUACUUAUAGAAUUGAGUAUGCCUCAACUGGUAGAUCAUCAUGUAAACAGGCUAAAUGUAAAAAACAAAUAGAAAAAGGAGCUGUUAGAAUUGGUGCAAUUUUCCCAUCUGAAAGAUUUGAAACUGAUGGUGUUGGUACAGAUUGGUUUCAUCCAAAUUGUUUCUUUGAGAAACAAAAAAAAGCAAGAAAAACAACCAAAAAAGUUGACGAUAUUGAUGAUUUAAUUGGAUUUGAUGAUUUAUCAAAAAGUGACCAAAAGAAUAUAAAGAGUAAAGUUGAAGAACAACAUGAGUUUUUCCUCUCAAAGAAUUCUAAAUCAAAACCAAAAUCGAAAUCUAAAAAAGAUACACCAGUUAGCAAACCAAAAACAUCAUCAUGGGUCGUAAAUGAAAAUGGUGAUAUAACAAAUAGUGACGAUGAAGAAGAUACACAAUUUAUAUUAAAGGAUAAAAAGAAAUCAAAUAAUAAUAAUAAAAACAAUAACAAUAAUAAAAAUAAUAAAUUUGAUGAUGAUGAUUUAUUUAAUAAUAAUAAUAAUAAUGAUAAUGACCAAGAUGAUGAAAUUAUGAAACCAAUUAAAAAACCAACAAGUACUACAACUACAACUACAACCACUAAAAAAACAAAUAAUAAUAAUAAUAAUAAUAAUAAUAAUUCAACUUUAGUAAAGAGUAAACCAUUAAAAUCAAUAUUAAUACCAAAUUGGUUAACAAGUUUAGAGAAAAUUAUUAAAGAUGAACAACAACAAUUAUAUGAUGAAAUUAUUGGAGAUAAAAGAAAUUCAAAAUGUUUACCAUCAGAGAGUAAUCAAAUUUUCACAAGUUUAAAUUCAGUUGGGUCACCAAAGAAUUGUAAUGUUGUGAUUGUUGGUAGUUCACCAGAUACCAAGAGAACGACAUCAAGUGGUUUUUCAUAUUGUGAUAAUAGUUCAGAGAGAUGGAAAUUACAAUCGAUUAAAACAUCUCAUAGAAAUUUAAUUAGAUUAGCAUUAUUGGAUUUAGGGUAUAUUACUAAAGAGGAAACCAUCGAUUCAAUUCAAGAGGUGUUGAGAGAGAUUGAUCUUCCAUCUGACUCACCAAAAGAUUGGUUCAAAUCAACUUCAAAACAAGGUGUGCUUUGGUUAAAUUCAGUCUCUUUGACAUCGAUUGAGGGUGAUGAUGAUUAUCAGAGUGAUAACUUCAAAAAACAUGAAAAAUAUUGGAAACCAGUCAUAGAGGAAAUCAUUAGAUCUAUCUUUAAUUCAAAGAUUGAGGAUGAUUCACCAUCUGGUGUUGUCUUUGUGUUACUUGGUAAACAAAGUACUCAUUUCAAACAAACCGUUCAAUUAAUUCAUUCAGAAUAUAUGGGUGCUAUUCCAAUUGAAUUCAUUGAAGCUGCUUCACCAGUUUUAGAAACUUUCCUUAGUUCAAAUUGUUUUAAAAAAAUUAAUAAUUCUUUAGAGAAAUUAUCAUUAUCUCCAAUUGAUUGGUGGAAACCAAAAGAAGAUGAUGAUGAAGAAGAAGAUGAAGAGGAAGAAGAAGAGGUAGAUGAGGAACAAGAAAAACAACAACAACAAAAUGUAGAAAUAAAAAAUAAACAAAAAAAUCAAAACAAUAAUAAUAAUAAUAAUAAUAAUAAUAAUAAUAGUGAUGAUAAUGAUGAAAAAGUUGAAGAGAAAUUAAAAAGUGAUAACAAUCGUACUAUUAAAUUACCACCAGGUGAGCAAUUUAUAAAUAAUAAUAAUAAUAAUAAUAAUAAUAAUAAUAAUAAUAAUGGUGGUGGUGGUGGUGAUGAUGAUGAUGAAUCACCACCAAAUGAUAAAGAUAUUCGAAAUAGUGAUGAUAAUAAUAAUAAUAAUAAUAAUAAUGAUGAUGGAAAUGUUCCACCACAAUGUAAUUUAAUUCAAGAGAAUGGAACAAAGAUUCAAUUGAAAUUAGGUCAAGAAUUUACAUUGGGUAGAACGAUUUUAGAUAUUAGGGAUAAAUUAGUUAGUAGAAAUCAAGCAAUCGUAACAAUGUUAAAAGAUAUUUCAACUGGUUCAUAUUUUGUUGAAUUGAUACCAAAGGGUCAAAAUCCUGUUCAUUUAGUAUUGGGUGAUAAUGAUUUCCAACCAUUAUCUCAAGAAUCAAAAUAUAAACUUUUCAAUGGUGAAACCUUUUUAUUAUGUUCUCAAAAAUAUCCAUUCACUAUUGAAAUAUCAGGUGGUAGUAAAAAAGUUAAUAAUACUAAUAAUAAACAACCAGCAAUUUCAUUCUCACCAAAGAGUAAAACAACUUCAAAUUUAUCAUCACCAUCACAAUCAUCACAAUCAUCAUCAAAUAGUUCAAAUAAAAGACCAUUAAAUGAUGAUGAUUUUGAAGGUGAAGGUAAUAAAAAUCAUUCUUCACCUGCUAAAAAAAAGAUUGCAACAACACCAAGUAAAAAUAAUUCAGAGAAACCAAAACCAAAACCAAAACCAAAGCAAAAGAAAAAGGAUGAUUUUAUCGACGAAGAUGAUUAUCAAGAAGAGGAUGAAGAUUCUGAUGAUGAUUAUGUACCUUCUCAAAAUGAUGAUGACGAUGAUGAUGAAUAUGGUUCAGAUUUUAAACCAUUUAUUAAAUCAAGAAGUCAAGAUAAACCAAAAUGUAAAUAUGGUUCAUCUUGUUACAGAACUAAUCCUGAUCAUUUAAGAGAGUUUAGUCAUCCAAAUAAAAAAUAA